GUGAAGCUAGCAGCUAGCAUGGAGGCAGUUAGCCAGCUGCUACGUCUGUGCUGAUUCUAGCUCUGAAUGAGUUCAGUCUUUAUUAACAUCUGUAAAAUACCACAUAACACUAUCAGAGAGAAGUCUACCGUGUUCCGGUGUUGUGUUUAAAUGGCCGGUAAUUAACUCUGAACUUUGUGACGACAGAAACAGAAGUGGACAUUGAAGGACACAGGCUGACCAGGAUGGCCAGUUUGCUGUGCAGCAGAGCCAGGCUGGUCACUUACCUCCCAGGGCUUCAUGUGUUGGUGCAUCGUGUGGCUGGAGCCAGAGCCUUCUCCGCAGCUGGAUCCUCGGGCUCUGAUGAGCCCCACGUAGCCAUCCCUCCCUCUGACAUGGGUUAUGGACUACGGACAGUGUGGCCCGAUGAGAGCAUGGGGCCUUUUGGACCCCAGGACCAGCGCUUCCAGCUGCCCGGUAAUGUGGGUUUUGACUGCCACCUGGAGGGAGUAGCAGAGCAGAAGAGGAGCCUGGCACACAAGAUGGUCCCUGAUGUGCUGUCUUCCCCGUCCAGCAGUGAGAGACAUGAGUUCAUUCUGGCCCAGUUCAUCGGAGAGUGCUUUGAGAAAGAUGACCCAGCCUUGUCUCAGAAGGUCAAUGGAGCUGAAGAGUACUUUGAGAAUUCCAGUCUGGAGUGUGCCAUACAGUCCUGCCCUGAACUACUAAAGAAAGAUUUCCAGUCCAUGUUUCCUGAGGCUCCAUCCUCUGGUAUGAUGGUGGUCACAGUGACCCAAAAGACCCAGAACGAUAUGACUUCAUGGUGUGCUGAGGUGGAACAGGAGAGAGAGCAGAUGCUUGACAAGUUUGUUGAUGGAGCGAAGGAGAUCUGCUUGGCUCUGCAGCGAGAAGGAUUCUGGGCGGACUUUAUCGACCCAUCUUCAGGCCUGGCGUUCUUUGGCUCGUACACCAACAACACACUGUUUGAGACAGAUGACCGGUACCGUCACCUGGGUUUCCAGAUCGAGGACCUGGGCUGCUGCAGAGUGAUCCGACACUCUCUGUGGGGGACACAUGCUUUUGUGGGGUCAAUAUUCACCAGCGCACCACCCAGCAGCCUUAUUAUGAAGAAGCUGCAGGGCAGCUGAACAGAAGCUCAUGGACACUGGGUUGCCAUUAAAACUGUAAAACCAUAUAUGGACUGGUGAUGGUGUUUUUGACCGCAGCUUCAUAAUUUUAACGAAAUUCUUUAAGAACAUCGUAAACUGACUUCUUUGUGUUUUUACCUUUGCAAUAUGUUUGUAUAAAUAUGAGUUGAUUUUGAUUUGUAUUUAUAGACUACAAUCCCAAAGCUGCUGUCAUCACAUUAAAGUGGUUCUUGACUAAACUGAAA